UUUCAUCAUUACAUUAUAGAAAAUAAUGAACUUUAUCACAAUAUGCUAAUAUUUUGAGAAGGACCUGUAUAUUCUAUCUCGCUCACCUGCUCCACCACUGACCCGCGGCGUGCCCCCCAGUCUCAAGUCUUUUGCUGCCUUUAACAGGUUAUAUUUUAGGAUUGCUCUGUAUUUAACUCCAUCUAUCUUCCCUGUCCCUGCUGACGGAAAGCAGCCCCACAUCUUGAUCCUACCACCUCCGUGUUUGGGGAUGUUAUGCUGAGAGUCGUGCCGUGUUGUGGCAUUGAGAUUAUGAUUGUGAUUUAUUAUAUUUUGAAGCUCUCCGUGGUUUUGGCAAACUGCAGAUUGGACGUAGAUUAAACAGUGCUCUGUGAGAUGUUCAGGAUUUGAAAUUGUUUGUACCCAAACCCUGCUUUAACCCUCUCCAGAACUCUGUCUGGUUUGUUCCUUGGUCUUCUUAAAGCUGGUUGCUCAUUAAUGUUCUCAGAGGCCAUCAGAUAACAGCUGUAUUUAUACUGAGAUUAAGUCACUCACAGGUGGAAUAGAUUUACUAAGCAGCUGACGUCUGUAGACAAUUAGUUGAAACGAAUUUUAUUAAGGGGUAUCAGAGUAACGAGGGCUGAAUAUCAAAGCAAGCCACACUUUUCAGCCAUUUUUUGCUUGUUUUUGUGAUGGAGAACAAACAUGAACCAUUUUCCUUCACAUCCAAAUCAUACUUUACGUUGUGUUGGUCAAUCACAUAAAGUCCCAGUGAAAUAGAUGUGAGUUUGUGGCUUUAGCGGGACAGAAUGUUCAAACGUUUAAGGGUGCGAAUGCUUUUUGCGAGGCACUGUAGCUGUUUUCUCUUCCUCCUCCUCAGCCAGGAAGAACAUUAUCAUCCACAGUGGAAUGAGCACAAUUCCUAAUUGGUUGUUUUAUUGAUCUCUAGCAUUUCCAAAGUUCUUAAAAUUGUUGUUCUUUUUUGUAUCUGAUGUUCUGUGUGCUAUUAGUGAUGCAGCCAUUGGGGUUGUCUUGUGUUGCACACCUUUCCAACACCGCGAAACGAUCGCCCCCCUCCCCCCGCGGAAAAGCGUCCAUGCUUGAUAUCGUAUGGUUCAUGACCAAUAUGUUUCCAGUACAGGGAAAAUUCCCGAGGAGGCCAAGGCUCUGUCGCUGUUGGCACCUGCCACCCCGGUACCCAGUCUGAUUCCAGGCGGAGGGCUGCUGCCGAUUCCCACUCCUGCUCCACUUCAGAACCUGAACCUCCCCUUAGUGAAUCGGAUUACAGCGGGUCUCGACGCCACAGCGUCUGUGCUCGCUCAGCCUCCCCUCGUCGGAAAUGUCGACCCAUCGAAAAUCGACGAGAUACGGAGGACGGUUUAUGUUGGAAACUUAAACUCGCAGACCACCACAGCAGAGCAGCUGCUGGAGUUCUUCAAGCAGGUGGGAGACGUGAAGUUUGUUCGAAUGGCCGGAGACGAGACUCAGCCAACUCGUUUCGCCUUCGUAGAGUUCAUCGAACAGGAGUCUGUGGCCAGAGCCCUCACUUUAAACGGAGUCAUGUUUGGAGACAGACCCCUGAAGGUCAAUCAUUCCAAUAACGCCAUAGUAAAACCCCCUGAGCUGACGCCACAGGCUGCUGCUAAGGAGCUGGAAAAUGUGAUGAAGAGGGUGAGGGAGGCCCAGUCCACCAUUGCUGCUGCCAUUGAGCCUGAAACAAAAAAGCGUUCCUCCAGCCAUUCUCAAAGGUUACGGCGGUCCCGUUCCCGGACACGCUCUCGUUCCCACUCGAGAUCGCAAAGGAAAAGGUCCCGCUCCAAACACAGACCAGCACAAAGGUCCUGGCCUGGGGGCGACUCCCACAGUUCGAGAAGCGGUCACAGGAGGCGCUCUCGUUCCAGAGACAGGAGACAUGCCAGGAGUCGGUCCAGGGGCCACAAAAGGAGGAGCAGAGAUCGGUCCAGAACCCCUCGAAGGAAAGUUAGAUCACCUUCGCCAAAACGAAGUAAAAGGGAGAAGAAGAGGGAGCGCAGCAGAGACAGAAAGGAGCGCUCCACAUCCCGGAAGAGGAGUCGCAAAGAUGAGGACCGGAUAAAGAGCAAAUCCAAGACAACAAAGCAGGAAUACAAAACGAAAGAAAAGUAUGAGAGUGACAGAGAAGGCUCAGCCACUCCAAGUGAAGACAUGACAUCAUCACCGUGCGCCCAGCACAACGGCAGCUACAAGACUCACAGCGAGGAGGAGCUGUUUCUGGGUGGGAAUGCAACCAAGUAACACAAGCUGCUCAUGUCUCCAUUCGUGCGUCAUAUGAAACGUUUCUCACUUGUCACCUCAUCACGAGUUUCUUCUUUUUUAUAUUGUGAACUCCUGGAAACCUGCAAAUUCCUGCCUGAAGGACAUUCAUCGCUUUCAGUGUUGGAGAGACAGUGUACAAUACAAACUCACUCCUUUCAGAAUAAAAGGACAUUAAGGUCAUCCUGACCGCAGCGCUUGUUUCAAAGCGGGUAAAAUGAAUGACGUAAUGUUGCAGAAAGCCUGCAGUGUGCUCCAACACUUUGUUCAAGGCUUGGAAAAUGAGUUGGAAAAUAGUUUCAGAGCUGUUGAGAUCUACCGUUUAAUGUUGGAAACUUGGAAGACGAAGCCAGCUACAUAACCUCUGGGGGGAAAAACACAUUAACACAAGACAUUUUUUGUAAAAGUCUGGAUUUUAUCAUUGACUCUAAACUUCAUUAAUGCCUCUCAGAUUUCAGUAUGUAAAACCUUUUCCUCUAUAGGCAUGGACUGGUAUGAGAUAGAUUAAAAAUACUAACCAUUAAUAUGUGAAACAUGAUCAAAUGGUUUUAAUGAUAAACAGCUUGCCAACAAUGGUGUUAAAAUAGCGUUACCAUGGAAAAACUGAUGGGUAGGGCACAUUUAGUUUCCAAAUGGUUUUCCUGGCCGUAAAUAUUUACAAAGAGCUGAACUGGUCUUUUUUUUUUUUUUGUAUUAUGAAAACGUCAUAGUCUUCUUUCAGCCUGCUGACUGGCAGUGUACAGGAAUAUCACUCUAUGCUCCAAACAGCCGAAGAGAACACUUUGCUCCAGAACUUCUCUGGAACAGCUGGACUGAAACACAAAGGAACUUUAUCUGUUCAGGUAAGGAAAUGGACCACACGAGCUUUGAUGAGGACUUUUAUAUCUGCAAUAGUGAAAAACUGGAUCAAUUUGGUCAACCAAAAAAAAAAAAAUAAUAAUAACAGUAUUUAAUUUUUGGAUGCCUAAAUUUAUGAGGGCUUUUUUACUAUGUAGUUUUAGCCAGAUCCAAUAGAGUAGUUGUACCAGAACUGUUUCCAUAUAUCAUGUGUUGUAUCAGUUGAUAAAUUACUCCCUUCAAAUACUCAAACUUUAAAGCUACCAAAUAAAAUUCAUUGGCAUUAUCAUAUUAUCUCAUUUAAUUUAUUUUUUUUUGUUUCUCAAAUAAGUUGUGAAUGAUUUAAAGGUCAGAAUGAUUUAAUUCGGUUAUCCUUAACAGGAAACAAAAGAACGUCCAAAAGUGUAGAAAAAAAGAAAAAAUAGGUUUGCAAUGGUUAGAAAUUACAAUAAACCUUCAUUAAACUAAAAAUAACAUAAAUGAGAAAAAUUAGCGGCAGAAAUUGGUGUGGCCACGACAGCAACUUCCUCUAAUUAGUUGUUUUAGAGAAGCAUGUUUGUCUCUAGACGUGUCAGGACCUUCUUGUUUGUUUCAGGAUGUAAGCUGGACGUUCUUUCUCUGGAAGUGUACAGAAAGUGGUCUGGUCUGCCCUUCAAGGUUCAUCAGUUUGUUGUACUAGCUUGACAAGAGGGAUUCUAGACCCAACACUGAAUGCGUGAGGUUAAUUGUGACUUGAAGAAAACGAGUUUCUACAGAUUCUGAAGUGCUUAUUUAUUUCUGGGUGGACAGUUGAAGGACUAUUUGAUCUCGGAGGUUUGUGAAGUGUCCUUUUACUCAUGUUUUACUCCUGAUUUCUGCACCAUCCAGGAACUGAAUUGUCCUACAUGAUGUAAAGACGUUUAACAACUCGGCGCACUGAACAGACGGCAUGCUGUUACUGCAAGCCUGGUCUCAUUGAUUAUUUUUCUAACUUGGUCUAGGUUUAGGUAUCAUUAUAUCUGUUUUUAGAAAGCCACUGCAACAUUGCAGUUAACCAUGUUUCAUUUUUUCUUCUACUGUAACAAAAAUGUUUUUCCUGUUUUUCAUAUUCAAAACAAGCUUAAGGCAUAACAUGCAGAAUGUGUACAGGCUGGGGAGAUCUGAAAUGCCAAACUGUACGGAAGCACUGAGGGGUCAAAAAGUGCCUAGAUUACGACUGUACAGUAAAUGAAGAAAAAUAUUGAGACUCAUUUGGAUGUUUUGCAAAUAAAACUAAUCAGAUGUUAAAGUAUAGUGAUUUGUCAGAGUAGACUAAACAUUUAUGGGAUGUUUUUGUCUUUUUACCAUGUGAUUCGAUGUGUUGAUAUAAUUAUGUGUGCUCAUCUAAACAUGUUUUCAAAGUAGCAACAGAUGUGUUUUGUUUUUUUUUCUAGCCCUAUUUUUAAUGGUUUACUUUUCUUUUUAACAAACACUUCUGUCUGAAUUAAUGAGCUUCAAAUUACAGGUACAUCUGCAAAUAUGUGAAAAAUGCACUUUUUUUCACAGUCUCCACAUUUGAUGGCUUCUUUUUUUGGAGCAGAGGGUUGAUGCUGUUUAGGAGUCGAUGUAAUGGCUGAGUAUAGUUGUUCAUGAAAUGUUUGGAUGUAUGUACAUAUAACUCUUUAGUUUGAACCUAAAAUAUGUUUUAUUCAUUUGCAAAAGCUCUCAAUAAAGAGACUUUUCACUCUG